CUUUCCCCCCCAGGCUGAGGCAGCCGUUGGGUCCGGUCCCGAGCCAAAGGAGCGGAGUCCAUGAACGGCUCAACUUUUAAAGGCUCUGCGUGCCGAGGCGAGCCGCCGUCGUUGUCUCGGGCUGCGUUCCGCGGCUCUUAAAACGCGCCCUGCGGCUUGACUUGGCUUCACCACGGCUCGCUGUCGUCUGUCUUGUUCGGUAGCGCAUCAGCUUUUUUUUUUUCCUCUUAAAAAGAAAGGAGAGAAGGAAAGCCGUUGUCUCUUUUUUUUAUGUGAAGUCCAACACACACAGAGACAGAGAGCGAGGAGAUCAGCGAAGCGAUUUGAGUGACUGACUGCAUGGAUCAGACUUAACAUGAAGAGCCUUAAAGCCAAGUUUAGGAAAACUGAUGCCAACGAGUGGAACAAAAACGACGAGCGCCUGCUUACUGCCGUGGAGCAUGGCGAGGUGGACAAGGUGGGGUCCCUUCUUGCUAAGAAAGGUGCCAAUGCUGCGAAGCUGGACGGCGAGGGCAAAUCAGCUCUCCAUGUAGCAGCUGCUCGUGGCUUAACAGAAUGCCUCGCUGUAAUCUUGGCUCAUGGAGCUGACGUCUCAGUCACUGAUGCUGCUGGUUUUACUCCCUUACACCUGGCUGCCAAAAACAAUCACCUGGAAUGUUGCAGAAGGCUUAUUCAGAGUAAGUGUCCCGUUGAGGCUGUGGAUAGCUCAGGAAAAACUGCUCUGCAUCAUGCUGCUGCCGGUGGGAACAUCAAGAUUGUUCAGCUGCUGUGUGAACUCAAAAAUCCCAUCAACCAGAAAGAUGCUGAUGGCCUCACUGCCUUGAUGCUGUCAGCCAAACACAGUCAUUCUGAAGUGUGCAGCAUGCUGCUGGACUGCGGUGCUGAAAUCAACACUCCUGACAACUGUGGCAGGACUGCCUUGAUGCUGGCAGCUGAGUCCAACGCGGUUGCUGUGGUUGAGGUUUUAGCUCAGAGAGGGGCAGACCUGUCAGCUGUAGAUUCAGAGGGCCAUGAUGUUGUACACUAUACCAAGCUGUUGGGCAACUCUGAAGCCCAAACGACUCUCUUGGCUGCUCUGAGCAGACAUCCACCCUUAGAUUCCAAGUCUUCAAGAAGUCCUCAGCAUGAGCAAGUAGCUAAGCUAAGUGAUGAGUGGAUCACAACUCCCAAAAAACGAAAAGCACCUCCACCUCCUAUUAGUCCACUGCAGAGUUCGGGACCCUCCUCUCCUUCUGUUGUUACAUCUACCAGCACUCCUGCUUCCAACAAAGGUGAUACUCCAAAGAGAUUUAACUACAAGGAGGACGAGUUUACAGGAUCGCCGCUAAAAGAGGAGGUAGAGAAGCUCCAUGAAGAGAGAAACAUGUUGCUGGAGACGAUCGAAGACCUGAAGCAGACGGUGGAGACGGUGACAGUUCCUCAUCUGGAGGUCGAGCACACAGCGUCUGCAGCUCUGGUUUCUGCUCUGCAAGCCAGGAUUAAUGCUCUUACCUUGGAAAACCAGGAACUUUCAAACAAGCUCAAGAAACUUCCCCAUCCGUCCCCAUCAGGAAAUGAGCUGAAGGAGAACAGUCGUCCCAACAGCUUGGCCUCCAACUCCUCCUUCCACUCCACACAGGACGAGUUUGAGCCUCAGGCACAAGUUCCCUCUACGGCCCCGGUGGAAGGUGGAGACCCUCCUGGAACCGUUUCCGUUAAACUAAAGGAAGAGGAGGGUGAAGACGGGAGUGAAGAGGAAAUCAGGAUUUUGAAACAAGAGGUUGAAAACCUCCAAAUAAAACUGCUUGAAGCCAGGAAAGACUAUAGCUUGCUUCAGUCUCAGCUGCACCUUGAUAGAGGGAAGGAAAGAGAGGGGGAUGGAAGUGUUAGAGAGAAGAUAAGGGAGGAAGAGUUGAGGGAAAGUUUAGCAGAGCUUCAGGCCAAACUGACAGACACUCAGGAGAGAUACCAUCAGGCUAUGGAGGAAGUAGAGGAUCUGAAAGCGCAGACGGGACGGGGAAAAGACGAGCAGACGGGGAAAUUGGUGGUGGAGGAACUGGAACAUGAAGUAAAGCAACUCAAGGCACGGCUUGUCCAGCUGGGGUCAGAGAAAGACGAAACAGCCGGGCGUAUCAGGCAGCUGGAAGAAGCGCUGCAGAGGACGGAGGAGGAGAGACGGCUGGCAGAGGAGAAAGAACAGAGAACGGCACAGAUUGAAGAGCUUUACAAGGAGGCGCAGGAGGAAGUCAGAAUGCUCCAGGAGGCCCUCAAAGGCACGGUUCCUGUCGAAGCCGCGGCCAAAGACUUCGAGGAGAUGAAGGCUGAGCUGAAUGAGGUCAUCGCUGGGCAGCAGCAGCGCUUGCUGGAGCUGUCGCACUCCUUCAGCGAAACCAAAAGCCAGCUGAAUGCCGCUCAAACAGAGCUGGCUGAGGCCCGAGCCGAGCAAACCACGGCGUCAGGCGCCGCUUCAGACCAACAGGUCCAGGCGCUGAGCUGUAAAGUGGAGGAGCUGCAGAAGUCGCUCGCCGAGACUGAGAGGAAGCUGUCGGCCGCUCACGAGGACGCUACGCGCCUGAGGCAGGAGGCCGAGGCUCAGGCCCAGAGCUCUGUGACCCUUGCCGACCACACACAGGUUGUGUCGUCUCUGGGAAAUGCCAUCAAGGAGCUGGAAAGUGACUUAGAAGCUCUCAGACAGCAGCUGCAUCAAAAGACGACGCAGGUGGAGGCUCUUCAGAAGAGACUGAAUGCAGAGCAAGACGUUGCCUCCGAGGACACAGUUCCCCGUCUGGAUCAUGAGGCCAUGCGAGAGCAGCUGGAAGGCGAGGUCAACCAUCUGACGCAGCUCCUUCAGGGCGCCUUGAGGAAGCAGGACGAGAUGGCUCUGGAGGCGGCGGACGCGUGGCAGAAGGCGCGAGAUAACCGUUCAGAGCGGGAGGCUCUGCAGGAGCUGCUGAUGUCACGGGAGAAGGAGAACCAGACACUGACCGCCAAACUUGCUGAAUCACAGGAUGCUGUAUGUCAGCUCAAGCAGCUGGUGGAGAAUCACGUCGCGUCGGAAAGAGAAAAGAACAAGAGGAUAGAUGACUUGUCUCGGGAAGUAGGCAAACUAAAGGACGCCCUGAACAGCCUAUCACAGCUCUCCUACAGCUCCUGCUCCCCGUCCAAGAGGCAACAGCAAAACCAGCAGAUGGAGACGCUUCUGCAGCAAAUUAAACAACUUCAGUACCAGCUAGCUGAAUCAAAGAAGCAGCAUGAUGAAAUAGUGUCCGUCUACAGGAUGCAUCUUCUCUACGCUGUUCAGGGUCAGAUGGACGAGGAUGUCCAGAAAGCUUUGAAGCAGAUUUUGAAGAUGUGCAAAGUGCCAAGUCAAGCCAAGGAGGCCUGCUAAGAAACAGCUGGGAGUCUCUGCCAAAGCACAUUUAUUAUGAGACUAAACAACACAUUGUGCCUGUGUAUAAGCCCAGAGUAUUUGCUUGUGAGGAGCUGGUUUACAAGUAUGAGUUUAUUGCCUUUGCUAAGGUCGUUUUGAACCUUUUAAAACCCUCUGUCCUACAAAAGCCUGGCAUUAAAGCAUCCUCUGUUAAUGGGUGACUUAUUUUGGGAAAGCACACGCAGCCGGGUGUCAGUGCAACCUGUAAAGCCAUUCAGCCUAAAGAAAAGACAUCAGCUGCAAGAAAGAUUGCACUGCUUUUAAUGUCGCAGUUUAAGCAGGCAUCGAUAUGCUUAAUAAUGUAACCAAGUAUUUGUUGAAUAAGUCAUGCAUAUUUAGUUUGAAUCAAGUUGCGCACUCAGUCCAGGUAACAGGAAUUUACAGUUUGUAGUACUAACUUAAGGAUGGAUGGACCAGGACCCACUUGCAGGUCAGUUCAAAGCAGCGUUAAAGUUGCUACCGUCCAUCGCUCUGGACAGACGGCUCUACCAAAUGAAAGCAUAAAUAAGACCUUUUGGGGGCAUACCAGCCAAAUUAGUGAUCUCACCUUGCCAAUUUGUGUCACUGCCCACAAAAAGGGACCGCUUGUGCCGAAGCAAUCCCGGCGGACAGUUUAUUUUUAAACGUGUCUUUACUGUGACGCUGCGUGUGUGCAGAAUCAGCCCAGUUAACGGUGAGCUUGUGUGUGCUGUCGAUAUUAACGAUGUUAUCGUAAAAGGUGAGUCUGAACGUCCCGUGUCUGUCCGUUUUGCCGAGAAAAUCUAAAUUAUAAGGCCUUCUGCACAACGCCACGGUGCUGUGCUGAAAAAGCAGCCAAAAGCCUCCACAGAAAAGCUUUUCUCCCAGCACUUCUAAACAGAAAUAGCAGAUUUUCUAAAGUAAUAAAACUGUAAUACGCUCCCUAAGUGACUGUAUAGUAUUGAUCUGUUCUCCAUAGUCUUGUGAGUUUGUUUGUGUGACUGAGAAGAACUGAUUUGUUUGUAACAAAGCACUAUUUUACGUAGUAGUUUCUAAAAGUGUUCAUCUUUGUCAUCCAUAUAAUAGAAUGACUUUGUUUACUGUGGUAGAAAAGCAAAAAGAAAACAAAAAAAAAACUAGUGACAAAUGCCUAGCAGUAUGCGUUCGAUAUUUAUAUCUUUUUAACUCUGUUUAGUUUCCUCUCUGUUUUGUCUUUUGUUUGCAGCCGUUUUACUUGAAAAGCAGAAACUAUGUUGGCUGAAAGCGAUUUGUCGGGUUCUUCUGCCACUUGCCUGUAAAUCAGUUUAUACUUCAGACGUCUCCGUAACAUCUCAGUAAUUUAUUCACGUUUGCCCCUUUUGUCUCAUGUAGUUUUCUUACGUGAUCCGGUGUUUGUCCGUCGGUACAGAAACAUUUGUUUAAAUUCGGUUCCUUUGCAUGUGUCUUCUGGAGGCCUCUGCACGGUUUUUCACUCUGCAGCCCUUUUUGCCUUAGCACUGUUCUUAGGGAGGUCACAUUUCUAGUGAAAAAAGCUUUUCGACUGUUACAGCGUACAAUCAACACUAAAAUGAGUUUGCGUGUGGGUGAGUCUCUCAGGAAACCUUUUACGCCUGACUGAGAUGUGUUCGACGAUGCCUGUAGGUCUUUGCAGGUCGUAUAAAUCUGAGGAUGCAGGAGACGAUCGACCUCUUCGCUUCAAGCCUUGGCUCAGAUGUUUUGUACCAAGAAAGGGAAAUCCAAGAAACAAUUUCUUUGUUGUUUGGUUUACUAACAGUUUUGUAGUGACAAGGAAAAAUGUUUACCAACCCCUAUUUUACCCAAUUAAUUAAAUUUUCAAGAUACCGUGUCA